UUGGCAACUUUUGAGUUUUCAUUAUUGAGAGGAGAGAUGGAGAGAACAGAAUUGUCCCCUGUGGGCCCCACUGACCUGCCUCUCUCUCUGCUGGAACUUGGCUGCUCCGGCCGAUUUGAGCUCAUCACACAUCCUCUGCCUAAGGGGCAGCCACUCCCUCCUCAGAGUACGCUACCCCAUGGACUCCCCCCUACCAAUGUGAACCUAGAGACAGAAGUAGAGAAACAGUUUCUACGUGACCCAGCCUGGCUCCCCAUACAUGACACAGAUGCUGCCUUCCAGAAGUUUCUAAAGGUUACUCACAGAGAUGUUCAUGUGGACUCCCUGCUCCAUUGUCCCCCAUCUGCACUUCACUCUGGCCUUUCUGUGGUCAGAGAUCCCACCACAGGAAUGCUGCUGAACUUCACAGAGGUGUUGCUGGAGGACACAGGCCUAUCUGCUAAAAAUUCUCUGUCUUUACAACGCCAACCUGGGCCUCCGUCAGAGAGCCUGCGAGGGAGCAACACCAACUAUCCCUUCUUGCCUGGGGGUAUGGAGGAACUGACUUUGGAGCAAAUCAAGAAGAAAUCUGACCUUGAGGAGGACAUAGACUUUGAGAAUGGUUUACUUACAAUCCCACCUGGACUUAAAACCGGGAUAGACUUCAUUGACAAAGAUGCCAAAACCAAAAAAGCAGAGGUCAACCUCAUGUCCCUCCUGUCUAGUUUUGAUGACAUCAUUGAUCUGCAGCCAGAGGAAGAAGAAAAGGAGAAAGGCAAAGAAAAUGGAGCAGCCCCCAAACUACCCAGAACAAACAGUCUGGAAGACCUUGGCAUCAAGGAUACAGUGUCAUCCCCCUCUACAUCACAGAAGGAAAAGAUUGUGGCAUCCAAACCAGAAGAGAACCCGGAGAACAAGAAAUGGGCUAUUCCUAUAGAUGUCAACGCACCCUGCCAUGACUUUUAUAAACGUAUCCCUAACCCUGCCUUCAAGUGGCCAUUUGAACUGGAUGUGUUCCAGAAGCAGGCUGUGUUGAGACUAGAGGCUCAUGACUGUGUGUUUGUAGCAGCACACACAUCAGCUGGCAAAACAGUGGUGGCAGAAUACGCCAUCGCUCUCUCACAGAAACACAUGACCAGGACCAUCUAUACCUCUCCCAUCAAGGCCCUUUCCAAUCAGAAGUUUAGAGACUUCAAAAACACCUUUGGGGAUGUUGGGCUCUUGACAGGUGAUGUGCAGCUCAGACCUGAAGCUUCAUGUCUCAUCAUGACCACUGAGAUUCUCAGGUCUAUGCUUUACAAUGGCUCAGAGGUCAUUAGAGACUUGGAGUGGGUCAUCUUCGAUGAGGUUCACUACAUCAACGAUGCUGAGAGAGGGGUGGUGUGGGAGGAGGUUUUGAUCAUGCUCCCUGAACACGUCAGCAUCAUUCUGCUCAGUGCCACCGUGCCAAAUGCUGUGGAGUUCAGCGAAUGGAUCGGUCGUAUUAAGAAAAGGCACAUCUAUGUGAUCAGCACCCUGAAGAGACCGGUGCCUUUGGAGCACCAUCUGUACACAGGAAACAGCACUAAGACUCAGAAAGAGAUGUUCCUCCUGCUGGACGCUAACAACAACUUCCUCACAAAAGGAUACUAUUCGGCUGUCGAAGCCAAAAAGGAGCGUACGAGCAAGCACGCCCAAACUUUCGGCACCAAAAACACGUCACAGAACACGUCAGCCAGUCAGGACAGAUCAGUGUGGCUUGCUCUCCUCCACUUCCUGUCUGCCCGGCAGCAGUUGCCUGUGGUGGCUUUCACUUUCUCCCGGACACGCUGUGACGAGAACGCCCGUUCAUUGGCCUCCAUGGACCUGACCAGCUCCGUGGAGAAGGCAGAGAUUCACUCCUUCUUUCAGAAGAGCCUGAGUCGCCUCAGAGGAGGAGACCGACAGCUGCCCCAGAUCCUGCUGAUGAGGGACCUGCUGAAGAGGGGAAUAGCGGUUCAUCAUAGCGGCAUCCUGCCAAUUCUAAAAGAAGUUAUUGAGAUGCUUUUCUCACGAGGGCUGGUGAAAGUGCUAUUUGCCACUGAGACUUUUGCUAUGGGAGUGAACAUGCCCACAAGAACCGUGGUUUUCGACAGCAUUAGGAAGCACGAUGGAACCGGCUUUAGAAAUCUGCUGCCCGGUGAGUAUAUUCAGAUGGCUGGUAGAGCGGGCAGGAGAGGCCUGGAUGCCACAGGUACAGUAAUCAUCCUCUGUAAGACUGGAGUUCAUGACAUGGGAGACCUGCAUGUUAUGAUGAUGGGUAAACCUACCGUCCUCCAUUCCCAGUUCAGACUGACCUACACCAUGAUUCUCAACCUGCUGCGAGUGGAGGCCCUCCGAGUCACCGACAUGAUGAAGAGGAGCUUCUCUGAGAGCCACAGAGACCCCCAGACCCAUGAGAAGAGGAUCAAGGAACUGAACCAGACUCUGUCUUCUCUGCCUCCUCUGGACACAGAGGGACAGCUGUCUGAUCUGCUGUCCUACUACCACACUGUGACCGAGCUUCGUAUCACCACCGAGGCCCUUCAGCACGCUACUCUGGAGUCUGUCAGCGGGCUGAAAGCACUGUCUGUCGGCCGUGUUAUCCUCAUCAACAACAAACAGCAUCUCAAUGCUCUGGGAGUUAUCCUGCAGGUGUCCAGCGACUCUGUGAAUCGCACAUUCACAGCUCUUAUCAUCUGUGAGAAGGGCAACGAGGAGGGAGACCCAAACAGCCUCAAUGCUAGCACUUUCCCUCACCUCUACAACACUGCCCUGUUCAUACCUGAAGGCCCUUGUAGUCACACAGUGCGGAAGCUGAAUCUGCAGGACAUUUCCGCCAUCACAACCAAAACAUUAAAGGUGAUCCCCGACAGGAUCAUCGACAACUACCACAAGAGACAACAGCCACGUUUCAGUAAUGAUCCUCCUGGCCAAGCCAUAUCCACAGCGACACAGGAGCUCCUCCGGUUGGCCGAGGCCAAUCCAGCUGGGAUCAAAACCCUCGACCCAGUGAACGACCUCCAGCUGAAGAGCAUUGACGUGGUGGAGGGCUCCAUGAGGCUGCACGUGCUUCAGGAAAGCCUCAAAGAGUUCAAAUGUAUCCAUUCCCCCACCUUCCCAGAGCAGUAUAUGCGGGUGCAAGAGAGGAUGAGUGUAAAGGAAGAGCUAGAAAAGCUGAAGUUCCUGGUGUCUGACCAGUCCUUGUCCCUGCUGCCCGAAUACCACCAGAGGAUCAAGGUCCUCCAGUCCCUGAAGUAUGUGGACAGCAACUUGGUGGUGCAGCUGAAGGGCCGUGUGGCCUGUCAGAUCAGCAGCCAUGAGCUGCUGCUGACAGAGCUGCUGUUUGAGAACGCCCUGAGCCUGCUGGCACCCGAGGAGAGCGUCGCCCUGCUGUCCUGUCUGGUCUUCACGCAGAACACGCAGGUGGAGCCUCACAUCACCAACACGCUACAGGAGAGCAUUGAUCAGGUGCUGUCGGUGGCCCGGCGUAUUGGUGAGCUGCAGAGGGAAUGUGGGAUAGCGGAGUCGGUGGAGGACUUUGUUGGCCAGUUUAAAUUUGGUCUGACAGAAGUGGUGUACUGCUGGGCCAGAGGCAUGCCAUUUGCAGAGAUCGCCCGGCUGACCGACGUCCAGGAGGGGACGGUGGUGCGCUGCAUCCAGCGUCUGGACGAAGUGCUGAAGGAUGUCCGUCAAGCUGCUCGCAUCAUAGGAGACUCGGUGCUGGGGAGCAAGAUGGAGAAGGCCUCUCUCGCCAUUCGCAGGGACAUUGUCUUCACCGCCUCCCUCUAUACCCAGUGAGAAGAGGAGGAGGAAGAGGAAGGAAGGAGGGAGAGAGGAAUGAAGAGGAGGAUGGGGUUAUUAGUGAAUGUGGGAGAUUGUGCCGAGGUGCCUGCAGCCUAGUGUGUCUUUGUGCGAGAGAGAGAGAGAGAGAGAGAGAGAGAGAGAGAGAGAGAGAGAGAGAGAGAGAGAGAGAGAGAGAGAGAGAGAGAGAGAGAGAAUGAUUGCAUGCAAGUUGAGAGGCAGGGUAUGUUGCCUUGUUUGUGCUGAUGAUUGUGUGCCUAUUAAAAAUACUGAUGUUUACACAAUGUGGGUCUUACGAUAUUUCAUCAUGUGGAAAAGGCAAUGGUCUGAAAAACUGACCAAAGUGGAGACUAUAUAAAUGAA